AUGUCAGGUCUCGAUCCGGUCACCAGCGGCCUCGGCCGCAUCCCAAUAAACAAAACAACAGAAACAGCAACAAAACCAACAAAAAGCAUCCCCAAACUAGACCGACCCGUGAAACAGAUCCAAAAACAAACCAAAGACAUCACCGACCCUAUAAUUCCCGGCGAGUUCCCCCGCGAUGAAGGAGCUCCCCGCACCCAACACGAGCCCACCCCGCCCUCAACCUUCGCAGGCCUCUGGAACGAUAUUACCGGGUGGUUCUCGAACAUUGUACCUUCGUCUAUGGACCGAUUCGAGGGCUUCAUGAAAUGGCUCGUGAUGUACCUCCUCCCACCAAAGAAACAAACAGAGGUGUACGAGGCUGCGAUGAAGAGGCCCAUCGCAUCGACGUUUAUCGUGUGUCAGCUGAUUUGCUGCGGAGUACCGCUGUUGGUAUUCUUAGCCGGGGUAUUUGUUUUUGCAGCUGUGGCACUGGUGCUGUGGGCUGUCUUGUCAUUAUUGAUUCUGGGACCGGUGUUGCUGGUUGCUAGUAUGAUGGGUGUGUCUCUUUGGGGAUGGGGCUGGGUGUUGUAUGGAAUACUUGGGUGGGUUGAUCAGCGGUUUUUGGGAGGCAUGAUUGGGAGAUUUUGGAUGCCUAGAUUACGGGCGCAGGAGGAGGGGGUAGAGGGGGAGGAGGGGAAGGGAGAAGGAGAAGGAGGAGGAGAGGGGAAGGGGGAUGAGGAGAAGAAGGAUGUUUGA